AUGGCCAAGGAAAACUCCAACCCUCUCAAGCACUACCUUAAGCUCCUCGACGAGCUCCGCAAGCCCAAGCCAGCUAACGACUCCAAAGAGUCCUCGUUCAAGGAGCGAGUCAGUUCAUUCAGUCUGAAAAUAACGCCCUCAAAGGCGGACGAGCACUCAGGCUAUGGCUUGAAGCGGGUGCCAACUCCUUAUCCGCUCAUGACGCGGAGUUGA